AUGAUUGAAUCGAUCAAGGCAGCAGAACGACUCGAUUCCCGGGGGAAGCCAACUGUGCAAGUAGCAGUCACCACAUCCCAUGGUACCUUUUACUCCCUUGUUCCAUCGGGCGCAUCGACUGGAAAACAUGAAGCUCUAGAGCUUAGAGAUGGCGAUAUGUCGCGAUAUGGUGGGAUGGGUACCACCCGAGCCGUCGCCCACGUUGAGACUUUACUGGGACCAGCUCUGGUUGAGCAAAAAUUCGACCCAAAGACACAAUUGAAGGAAAUCGACAAAUUUAUGAAAGAGCUGGAUGGCACUGCUGAUAAGUCUAGGCUUGGAGCAAAUGCCAUCCUCGGAAUUAGCAUGGCAUGCGCCAGAGCGGGCGCUGCGGCCAAGGGUGUCCCCUUGUAUGAGUUCAUACGACAGGAAGCUGGACUUGAAGGCCCAUAUGUUGUUCCAGUUCCGUUCCUCAAUGUUUUGAACGGAGGGGUUCACUCUGGAAAUACCAUGGCGUUCCAAGAACUUAUGAUUGCUCCUACUGGAGCCGAAUCUUUUGCAGAGGGGAUCCGUUUGGCUGUGGAUGUCUACUCUGCACUUAAAGCAAUUAUUGCAGACCGUUUUGGUGCUCCAGCAACUGGUAUUGGUGAUGAGGGUGGGUUCGCACCUCCGAUCUCGUCUUUGGAGGAUGGACUUGACUUGAUGGUAGCGGCCGUUGAGAAAGCGGGGCAUACAGGACGCAUCAAAUUUGCCUGUGACCCUGCAUCUUCGGAGUUUUUUGAUAAAGAAUCGGGCUCAUAUGACCUUUCUUUUAAAGACAAAACAUCGAAUGACGUUCGUGCUUCAAAAGACAUGCAACAGCUAUAUAAAGCUAUUAUUGCAAAAUACGGCCUUGUUUUACUUGAAGACCCGUUUGCGGAAGAUGACUGGUCAAGCUGGACAGAAUUCAAUCGCGACUGUACAAUUGAACUGGUUGGAGACGACCUGCUUUGUACGAAUGUGGAGCGCAUGAAACUUGCUUCGGAGAAAAGAGCAUGCAACGCAUUAUUAUUGAAACUCAAUCAAAUAGGCACAGUAUCAGAAGCUAUAGAAGCCGCUAACUAUGCUUUCGAGCUGGGAUGGCGUGUUUUUGUGUCGCACCGAUCUGGGGAGACAACAGAUGACUUUAUCGCUGACCUGGUAGUAGGGCUUGGAACAAGUCAUAUUAAGUCAGGAGCUCCAGCUCGCGGGGAAAGAAUCGCCAAAUACAAUCGACUUCUUGAUAUCGAAGCUGACUUGAAAGAGCAGCUUAAGCAUGUGGUUUAUGCAGGUCCCAGCUUUUAA